AGGAGGCGCCGUCGCUCGAAUCUUUGAAGGAGACUAUAUUGGAAUUGAAGAAAAAUCUCAAGGAGGCGGACAAAAAGCAACACGACAAUUUAAAAAAUGAGGAGGAUACCGCGGAUCUCGAGGAGAACGAAAACGAGAAGUUGGAGCACAAAGAUCGGACGACUCGCGCAAAGAACAAGCAUCGGAAAACCGAGAACGACGAUGACGGUGAGGGGAAAGAGAGAGAGAAAAGAGAGAGAGGAAGGAAGAUUUCUUCCUUCUUUCCUCUUCUUAAACUCUCCUCUAGUCUCCUAGUCGAGGAGAAACGUAAAAAAAAAAGAAACGUUUCCGAAAUUUUUUGCACGCUACUUGGUUUUCAGCGAGCUCCGAUUGGUGGGAAAGUUCGAACGGAAUGGAAAAGUUCGACUUGAAAAAGCGGGAACAGCAGGACUCGGAGGACGCGAAUGAGAAGAACGCCCAUCUGAAAGUGUGGAGGACGAAGAGGACCGAGGUGAACAACAACAUGAACGAGGACGACGACGGUAACGCGAAACUGUUUCACAGAUCGGGGUUUGGGGACCCGUACCUUGAAGAGAAAGAGAGCCUCGCGAAAGAGAUCCACGACCGCAAGAGGCGUAGCAAGGGGACGCCGUCGGACGACAAGUGUUACGUGAACGAGGCGCAGGACGCGAAGAACGGCGUCAAGGCGAACGAGAAAAAUCCGACGGGGAUAUCGAAGACGGGCAACGAGGCGAACGCGUUGGAGAAAAUCGGGGCCAACGAUCUGCGGGAAGUGGACGCGUUCGGGAUGGAGAGUAAAUUGGCGAGCGACGCGGGGGAGAAGGGCGCGGACUCCAAGGCGAGGGAGGCGCGAAAGGACGAGGGGAAGAACGCGGGUAAGGUGGCUGGAAAUUACCAACAACAAUCGGGUGUGUCGCAGGGAAAAUCGAUCGGCGUGGAGGGCAAGUUGACGAAGGAAGGAAAAGAGAAUCUCGGGGAGGGGAAUUCCUUGCAAAUCUCGGAAUCUAUGGCGAACGGGUCGCCAGUUGCUGCCGGUGUUGCGGCCGGCGCCGCCGUUUCUUCCUCUUCCUCUUCCUCUUCCUCUUCUCCCUCUUCCCCCUCUUCCUCCGCCUCCUUGAGCGAGGGGGCCCCUUCUUCGUCGAGCGAGGAGGGGCACAAGAAGGAAAUUUCGGUCCGCGGGGCGGCCGAGCAGGAGAAAUUGGCGGCCGAGCAGGGGAAAAGAUCGGCGGACGGGUCGGGGAACGUUAACCUCCACCUCGAGUCGGAGAACAAAAAUUUGAUCCAGUACAGCAACGAGAACCUGAAGGAGGGUAAGCGGCAGGCGCCGUUCAUGUUGGACAUGUUCAACGUGAAGAAGACGUUGCUCGAGAAGGAGGACAAGCCGGGGAAAUCCAUUUCCACCAUAUUCGACAUGAAGCUGGCGAAAGCGGAGGUGGACACGGCCGCCGUGAAAGAAUGCGCGAAAAGGGGGGGGAACGAGAAAGAGGUGGAGAUCCCGAUUACUAAUGGGGUCCUCGAGUUCGAGAGGAAUAAAGUUAAGGAGGUGCCGUACGAAGACACGGCCGGCCUCGCGCUACCCUCCAACAUCAUGGAGAGGAACGUGGAUGAGAAACGGGUUAAGAACUCGGCGGUGGAGUUCGUCGACAAAAGACAAUCGGGACAAAGCGCGGCGAACGAGGAGGGAAUUCGAAAUUGGUUCGAGGCCGCGGAUCACGAGCGAGUCGCGGACGCGAACGCGAAUCAAGGCGCGGCAACCGAGAAGCGUAAUAGCGGGACGGUGGACGGGAAGGGGGGCGCCGGUAAAUUUAAGAACGAGGAGGAGUGUUUGAACGAGAACGCGGAUAAUAAUUUCGCGGACAACAAAAGCCGCGGGAACGUUGGGAAGGAGAAGGAGGAGUUGGGCCUGAUGGCGAGCAAGAAUCGGGAAUCGGAAGUUGCGGGUAGCGAGAAAGGGAAACCGGGCAACGAGAUCGACGGUGAAAGGAUACGGAAAAAGAAGUAUCAGGGGGUGGGAACGUUCGUCGCCGGGAACGAGUUGAACGAUCAAAUGACCAACGACAGAUACGGGCAGAGGAAAAUCCUUCAAUACAUGGAAUAUUCCAACGACGAAGUGGACGAGGCUGAUUUGAAUUACACCGACAAGGAGGAGGAGGAGAAUCAGCGACAAUCGGUCAAUGCAGAAAAAAACGACGUAUCGGCGCGCAGGAAAGAAAGAGCGGUCAGCGAUAAAAAGAAAGCGAAAGUAAAUGUGAUGAUAAAAAGCAAGAUGAGCAAAAGAAAGAAAGCCGACAAGACUAGGAAAAGGCGUAAUCCGAAUGUAAUCGAGUAUUACGAAUACGAUAACGAUAUGGAUCAAGAGAACGACGAAUUGUCACCGUCCAACGAACAAGAACGAGUGAAAAAUAAUUAUCAAGACAAAAACCCUAUAGAAUUUGAUGCGGGACUUGGUAAUGAUGCGUGCACUUCUCCAUCCUCGAAAACCUAACGUGAAAAACUGCUAAAAAUCUUGCGUAGUAAAGUUUCGUCAAAUUUUGUAUCGCAACCUGUUCAAGUUCAGCUCCCUCCCGUUCGAUGCCUCCGGGUUAGGUGAACUCGUACGAGAAAACUCAUAUCUGUUUUCAAUCGUAGUGGAAUACGAGGAGGAGAAAGAGUGUGUACCACCCAAAACGGACAAGAAAGUGGACUUGCAUGAAAUAGAAAUGGAAAAAAAGGAACGGGAGCAGGAAAGGAAGAAGAAACCGACAGAGCAAUUCCUGAGUCCAAGUGGAAAAAAUAUAACCAAGAAGAAUAGCGCAUCGAUAUUAUCGACCAAAGUUAAAUUUGCGGAUGAGGAGGGAUCGUCCAACAGCGGGCAACAAGCGGGAUCAAGGUGAAGGCAACGUGAAAACACCAUUAGUCGCGAGAGGUCAGUGGUAAAUUCACGAACGAAAUGGUAAAAAAAAAAAAAAAAAAAUCUAUCAAACGGAUGACACUGACCUACGUGAUCGUUGUAUUAGUGGUUACACACAUUCGAGAAACGUUCGGGAACGCCGACUGAUCCUAGUGUAUUAACAGGUUAAAAGAGCCGGUCGAGGAGAACGAGGAAACGUUUCUAGAUAACGAAGUGAACGAGAUGGUACUAGACCCUGCCAAAUAUAUUCUCAAGAUGGAUAAAAACCUAGAUGUCGGGAUAAUAGACGAUCUAUUCGAGGAUAUCCAAUCUUUGGACGAAAAGUAACGACAUUUCUCUCUCUCUGCUCUAAUGCUCGUUUCGUUAAACGCUCGUGUUGCCCUCGUCAAAAGUAGUAUCAUCUAAAUAUCGUAAUCUGUCUCCCCGAGCAGAAAAGAAAAGAUACCUAACAGCAUGGAACCAUUGUACGAAGAGUUGAAAAAGAUAUACGAUUGGAACGAGGAGGAGAGCAAGAACAAACCUCGAAUCAAGGGAGAUCAGAGAAUGUACUACGAGGCCAACGAUAAACUAGAUCCGACCGUGGUCGAACAGAAAGAUCAAUUGGAAUCGCCGGAAAUCCACGCCGAUUCAUCUGGAACGUAUGGUAAAACAAAACAAAACAAAACAAAAAAAAAAAAAAACUCCUCCUUGAAUGAAUCAAUUUUCGUUACAAAAAUCGACCGUCAUCAAUUUUUUGCCGUACAGCUUCUAGCCCCAAUCUAUUCCUCCCUAUUUCCCUACUCGUUUACGAUGGAUCAGAACAAUCUAAAAUUGGUGAGAAUAAUUCACCGGUCGUAUCAUCUGGCGAGCCCAUUGCGAGGAACAACGUUUCCCAAAGUAAUUAUUUAGCUCUUAAAAGCACGGACGAUAUGUUUAAAGGUGGGCCGGAGCAAAGCCUUAACAGCACCGACGAAAAAUUACAAGGACUUGGUGUUAUCGGUAAAGUUGUUGA